GCGGGCGCUGCCGGAGGUGGCGGCUCCGGGAUUCGGUGCCGGAGCGGGGAGAGGAGCGGAGCGGGGAGGAGGAGAGGAGGAGGAAAAGAGGAAAGGAGGAGAACUCCAGUGGACACCAAGACAGCUUUACCCUGAGCCAGGCUCUAAGCCAGCUCCCAGAGUGAGAUGACAGCCAUCCUGGAGCGGAUCAGCACUCUGUCCCUCAGUGGGCAGCAUCUCAGUCGUCUCCCCAGGCUGCUGGAAGAUGGCUUCCCCAAGAUGCCCUGCACAGUCAAAGAGUGUGAGGUGCCCCAGCUCUUUCGGGAGCCCUAUAUCCACACCGGGUACCGUCCCACCGGCCAGCACUGGCGUUACUACUUCCUGAGCCUCUUCCAGAAACACAACGAGGUGGUCAACGUCUGGACUCAUCUCCUGGCAGCCUUGGCCGUGCUCUUGAGGUUCAAGACCUUUGUGGAUGCCGAGCAGUUACCCGUGGACGCCUGGUCCUUGCCUUUGCUCAUCUUUGUCCUCUCCUCUGUCACCUAUCUGACCUGCAGCCUCAUGGCUCACCUCCUCCAGUCCAAAUCGGAGCUGUACCACUACACCUUCUACUUCGUGGACUACGUCGGGGUCAGCAUCUACCAGUAUGGUAGCGCCUUGGCCCAUUUCUACUACAGCUCUGACCAAGCCUGGUAUGACAAGUUCUGGCUCUUCUUCCUACCAGCAGCUGCUUUCUGUGGUUGGCUCUCGUGUGCUGGCUGCUGCUAUGCCAAAUAUCGGUACCGACGGCCUUACCCCAUCAUGAGGAAGAUGUGCCAGGUGAUCCCAGCUGGCUUGGCCUUCAUCUUGGACAUCAGUCCCGUUGCUCACCGGGUGGUUGUGUGUCACCUGGGGGGCUGUGAGGAAGAUGCUGCCUGGUACCACACGUACCAGAUACUCUUUUUCCUUGUCAGUGCUUGUUUCUUCUCCUGCCCCGUCCCUGAGAAGUACUUCCCGGGCUCUUGCGAUAUCAUUGGCCACGCUCAUCAGAUCUUCCAUAUCUUCCUGGCCAUCUGCACCUUAUCACAGCUGGAGGCCAUUUUUUUGGAUUACAAGAACAGGCAGGAGAUUUUCCUGAAGAGACACGGGCCUUUCUCUAUUUAUCUCUCCUGCAUCUCUUUUUUUGGCCUCGUGGCUUGCAGUGCCAUCACAGCUUACGUCCUGCGAUGUAGGAUCAAGGCCUGCCUGGCUAAAAAGGACUCCUGAGAGUCACAAAAGUGAUGGGCAUGGCAUUGCCAGGGUGCUGAAAGUCAAGAAAAGGGGCAUAACAUUAUUAGAGACAUAACUGGCUUAUCUGCAUAACAUGCUGUGGACUAACCAGGACCCUGCAAUUGGGUGGAGGGCUGGAGACAUCGUGCUGGAUGCAUUUUCACAGCAGGGACUGUCUUCUGCCACACAGGGGGAUGUGGGGUGUUGAAAGCCAGAAGAAGUCACAUAACCAAGGAUGCUGGAAUAGGCAGAGGUUUCUUGUUCAUUCUGGUAAACCUGUGGGUGAUAUCUUGCUGA